AUGAUGCGAUUUGAAUGCUCUCAGCUCGUGAUCGAUCGAGUUGAUCCUCUAGUGCAACCAAACAUAGCACCAUCGGCACAUCUAAAUCAGAUAGUGGGCGGUAAUUCAUUCAAUGCAAAUAUGACUCCCGUGGAGUACGACCCUUCGAAGUUAUCGACUUAUAAUUCUUGCACCUAUUCUGAAGACUUUUCGAAUUACUGGACCGCUUCGUUGUACUUCCGUGCUAAGAAUGGAACAUUCAAGCGGGUUCCUCAAAUGACGAACUUGGGGUUGAGGGGCAAAAAUGGAGGGAUUACUGUCUACUAUAUUCCUCCAUACGAUGGCAAGACAAAGGUUACAGCAUUUCCGCCUGUAGGUGACGUCGAUAUCCCAGUUACUUCGCGUUUUAAAUGUCAUCCACAAAGCUAACUUUUCUUGAGGGUUUCCGUAUGAUUGUUGGCGACCCAAUGCAUCGAUCGUCCAAAGACAUGCAGAAACAACUUUGCUACCGUUGCGAGGAAAACAUCGCACAGGAUCCGUUUGGCGGAGCCCCAUGCACAGGUAACGACACGCAGGCUCUUCCUGUAACGCAGUGUCAUGGAGGAAUUCGGGCUACCAUUACUUUCCGAACGUGAGUUGUUCUCCUAAAUUGUCAUGAUACGGUCUAUAUCGUGGCAUACCACUGAGACUAGGUUCUAGAUGCUGGAAUGGAAAGGAUACAGAUAGCCCAGAUCACAAAUCUCAUGUCGCAUAUCCCUCAUCUGGAUCCUUCGAGAGCACCGGACCCUGUCCGUCAUCUCACCCAGUCAGACUUCCACAAGUCAUGUAUGAGAUUGUGUGGGAUACUCGAGAAUUCAAUGACGCAAGUUUGUGGCCAUCGGAUGGUUCUAACCCACUAGUCUAUAGUAUGGGUGACGCGUGAGUAUUCUCCAGAUAUUAUUUUGCAACUUUCAAAGUGCUAAUAUCUCGCAGAACUGGCUAUGGAUGGCAUGGAGAUUAUCUCUUCGGUUGGAAAGAUGGUGUCUUACAAAAAGCUCUCGAUGCACGUUGCACUGGGGAUGUAUGUACCGUACUUCAGACGCAAUCCGCAGAGGAGGCAAACAAAUGUAUGGAGCAGCAGGAAGUUUUGGAGCCAGUCGAAGGAUGUAAGUUUUCAUCUACUAUUCUUCUAUACUGAAGUUGUUCGUCGUUGUCGUACUAACCUAUCCUUCUCAGGGUUGACGGAACUGCCAGGAAAUAUGCCUGUGACAAGUCGGUGA